UUAAACCUGAAAACACUUGGUAUUAGUCAUAUGUCACGGGACGCUAUUCUAAAAAUAUCAAAUUCAAAUUGCCCGUCUCCAGAUGUAGUUUGGCCUCAACCGGGCGCUGUAGCUUUAACAGAGCGCAGUGUACUCUGGGUAGUUUGUGGUAUAUGUUUUGAGUUAAGAAUUCCCAGAUGGUUGCCUCUCCCAUGGACAUAUGAGCGUAUAAACACUAUGUAUGUAGCGUGCUGUUAAUUUGAAAGUGAGUUGGCGCUGUUAUGUUUCGCCUGUUCACAUUUGAACCGCCACGAGCAGCGGAAUUUAUUAUUUAUUGUCUCUUGCAUGCGUGCAAUUAAAACGGGCUACGUUGCUAAUUUAGCUCCUUCCGCGGGCAGAAUAAGACUUUAGCCAAAGGUGCUAUCACACAGUUUGAUAAGCCAUCUUGUAGGAUGAAAGGACUGUGUAUUUGAUGUUGUAAGGCACAAUGUGAGUAAUUGUAUUCCCUAUCAAGCUUGUUAAAGUCAGGAAAUUACAGGCUAACGUUAUCCUUUGUUUCCAAUCGCAACGCUACACUGAUUGGUUGACUGGAAAGAUCGGGAAACAGCAGACCCCCCCCUCCCACCCAAAAAAUGGAUGAAAGUGCCGAAAAUGUUGACAACGACGACAUUGUCAUUAUCGUGGAAAACGAGGCGGAAAGUUUGCCAGCCGAGGAGGAGAGGCUGAAACAGCAAGGCACCUUCGGGCUCAUGGACACCUGUCCUAUCUGCAAGUUGAGCUUCCACAACAGAGAGCCCAAACUGCUGCCGUGUCUCCACUCCUUCUGCAAGAGGUGCCUCCCUGCUCCCUUCAGGAGUGCUGACCCGCGGCGUGACUCGCAGGGUCAGAUCGACAGCAACAAACCAUUGGGUGCCAUACGAUGUCCAGUAUGCAGACAGGAAUGCUGGGAGAUGGACGUGUUGGAUAACUUCUUUGUGAAGGACUCUGCCGAGGUGCCAAGUAGCACGGUGGAGAAAACCAGCCAGGUGUGUAUGAGCUGCGAGGACAACACAGAGGCAACAGGUUACUGCGUGGAGUGUGUGGAGUUUCUGUGUGUGACGUGUAUCGAGGCACACCAAAGGGUCAAGUUCACCAGGGAUCACACCAUACGCCAGAAGGAGGAGAUGUCUCCAGAAGCAGUAGGUAUGUCCACACAGAAGCCUGUGUUCUGCGACAUCCACAAGCAGGAACCUCUGAAGCUGUUUUGUGAGACGUGUGACCGACUCACCUGUCGGGACUGUCAGCUGCUUAAGCACAAAGAUCACAACUACCAGUUCUUGGAGGAUGCAUACAGGAACCACAGGCAGUAUCUGGAGAACAUGACACAGCAGUUGCAAGAGAAAAGAAAGGCCAUUGAGGAUGUGUCCACCUGUAUCAGCACCGGACUCCAGCAAGUUGACGAAAACCGGAAGUCUGUUACUAAUGAAAUAAAAAAGUCCAUCUGUAAUUUGAUUAUGGAGAUCAAUAGGAAGGGAAAGAUUCUGGUCAACCAGCUCGAGGCUCUGACUAAGGACCAUGAGUUGGGUUUGAAGAAGCAGCAAGAGGACGUCAACUCUCUGAGCAGGCACCUGGACCACGUUAUCAGCUUUACCAAAUGGGCUACAGCCAGCCACAGUGGGACAGCGCUCCUGUACUGCAAGAGACUAAUCCUUUAUCAGAUCCACUACCUGAUGAGAGCGAGCUGUAAUCCUUCAAUUGUCCCUCAGAGUUCUGUGCGGUUCCAGUGUCGCUCUGGUUUCUGGGCCACCAAUGUAGACCUCGGCUCUCUGGUAGUAGAAAGGGGCCCUGCCCGUCCGCCCAUCACCAACCACCAGGCAGGUCCCAGAGCAGAGGCACCCACUGGAGCUCUCACAGCAGCUCAGCAGAGACAGAGCACGCUGGCUCAGCUCCAGAUGCAGGUGGACAAGCUUUCCCAGCAGCCCCACAGGCAGCCCCCUCCUAACCACUGGUCCUGGUAUCAAAACGUCAGGCUCCCAGGACCUCCCGGCCCCCCGCCCCCAACCAGACCCAUCCACGGUGGGUCCUCCCCCUCCCAAGGCCCCCCAAACAUGGGACAACAGGGACGCAGAUUCGUGAACUCCCACCCCAACCCCAGAAGCCCCACAUCAUCCAUGCUGCACAACACAGGAUUCACACCUGCUCAGUCUCUGAGAGAUCUGAUCCAAAGCUCGACCUACCCUCCUAAACCCAUGGAUGUCUUGCAGGGUACGUCCCGCUACACGCAGCCUAUGUCCACUGGAGCAGCUACACAGACGUCACUACAUCAGCGGGGCCUGACGGAGUCCACCUAUCUGAAGAGGAGUGAAGCUGUUGGACCCGUCCCCUCCAUUACCAUCUCCAUCCCUAAACCCAGCUUUGCUACAAGUGGAACUUCAGCAACUGUGGACAAGACGAGCGCGCUUAAUCACGUAACAGCUCAAGCGAGGCAGAACUCCCCGUUAGCCAAGCCGUCUUCUUCAGACAGAAGCACGGGGACGACUUCCUGGAAGCCGACUUUUGAACCCCCGUCUGCCCCCCCAACCAAGCGACGAAGAAGGACGUCCCCCGGGCCCAUUAUAGUCAUCAAGGACGAACCAGAGGACGAGGAUGAAGUUCGUUUUGUGCAGUCCAGCCUGCCAGACAGCAGCACCGGGGCUCAGUCAAAGCCUCGGCAGCAGCUUAAGGCGGUUGUCCCAGCAGCAGUCCCUGUAUCUGAGUCCAAAGCUGGGAAAGAACAGCGUCCUCAACCCGCAGGGGAGCCGGAGACUGAGAAGAGAGCAGAGCCGGAGGAAGAUCCCAACGAGGACUGGUGCGCCGUCUGUCAGAACGGAGGGGAGCUACUCUGUUGUGACAAGUGCCCCAAAGUUUUCCAUCUGGCCUGUCACAUCCCCACUCUUAAUGAGUCCCCCAGUGGCGAGUGGUUCUGUUCGUUCUGCCGUGACCUCAUCUCUCCUGAAAUGAAGUACGACUGCCAGAGGAAUGAUGACCCUGCCUCUGAGGGGUUCCCACCUGUUGAUCGAAGGAGGUGUGAGCGGCUGCUACUACGUCUGUUCUGCAAUGACUUCAGCACUGACUUCCAGCAGCCUGCUACUCCAUCAGAGACAAGAAGAUACAAAGAGCUGAUCAAGACGCCAAUGGAUUUGUCAAUAGUGAAGAGGAGGCUUGAGUCAAAGUUGGGGGAAGCUGAGUGCUACAGUUGUCCGGAGGGGUUUGUCGCAGACAUCAGGCUCAUUUUUAUCAACUGUGCAAAGUACUACAAGGCGUCCUCAGAAGUGGGCAGUGCAGGCUUGUACUUGGAGGACUACUUUGAGGAGCAGCUUAAGCUAGUCUACUCAGAUAAAGUCUUCCCUGGUGGGAGGGAAGAGCAGAUGAUCCCUCCGUUGGAGGAUGAGAUAGAUGAAGAAGAGGAAGAGAUGACGGCGGAAGGAAUUGCCCCCCUUGAGGACGAUAAACAGCAAAGUCCUGUGGGAGAAGGAAUCCCACCUGUAGAAGAGGACUUGGCUCCUCUGGAAGAAGCUGCAGCACUGGCAGAGGAAGAGAAGCCAGAAACAGAGGAGGAGGCGAUCGAUACAAGCGAUAAGGGAACGGACAAAAAGGUUGCAGCCAAGGAGGAAGUCACAGCUCCUGCAGAGGAGGCAGAGCAGCAAGAGAAAAGUCCUGAGCAGGAGGUGAAAAGCUCUGCUGCUUCUGUUGAAAGUGAAACAAAAGAUGGAGAAGCUUCCAGCUCCCCAAAAGAGGAGAACCCUCAACUCUCUAUGGACAAGACUGAAGAUCCUGCUGAAACCCAGAAGAAGGAGUCAGCUCCUGCAGACACAGCCAAAGAGGAGGAGGAGGGAUAGAUGGAUUACAUUAGAGACAAACUGCUGGAUGAUUUUAGUCUUCCACAGAAGUGGCCCCAGUGGGGGCCUACCUUGCUGCAAUCAGACAUUUUUUUUGUAAAAUGUUACAUUUGCAAUAGGAAAAAAGGGUACUGUUUUACUAAAUAAAUGUAUUUAGUAGUGGCUGUGCAGUAGAUGCACAAUGAGAGGAGAAAAUGAAGCUCCUUUUGGAAAGAGGUUACAUUUUUACUGUAACACAGAAGCUUAUUUUCUGAGAUGACAACACUGAAAAGCACACAAAAGAUAUUCUUUGUUGGUAGGACUGUUGUGUAAGCUAUCGUCAAUUACUUAUCACUUGUACAUAACAAUGCCAUGAACUGAAGGCACAAAUGCAGCAAUCAUAAUGAGAACAACAAGAAAUCUUGGAUUAGAUUUGCAUGUAAAGAUGUCUUAGUAUAAAUAAUUAUGCCUCAGUUUUUGCGUUAAUAGACUUGAGCUCACUUGUGCUAGCCAUUUGACUCAUAAACAAAUGGUUUUAAUGCAAUAUUUGUUUUUUUUUAAUUCUGUUAUUAGUAUUGUAUUAAUGCUAUGAAUGAAAUCAAUAGGGCUGCUGUAUGUACUGUAGUUUUUGUACAGAAGUGCCACAUAUAUCAGUGCAAUUGAUUUAAACAGCCCCUUGACAAAUUUGGCAUUUUGAAAAUGAUGCUGCUUGGCCCUUUAAGAACAAAAAUGAUUUGCAACUGUUAUGUUUAAUUUUUGUGUUGCCAGUUUGAGGCCUCUUAUCACCCCAAAUCCUAACAGCCUUGUUGGUUUUUGUCAGGAGAACAACUCUAUAGACUCGACUGUUAUCAGUCCUAGAUAAUGCAAAGACAUGAUCAUCACUUUCUCAUCAUCAGCCUGUGACAACAGUGUGUUUUCCAAACAAGUCCUUGACCUGCUGCUGCAUGAUUAGUUUUGCAUAAGAUUAGGUGAGCCUUAUUGUUUUAGUCUGUCUCGGACUGACGUCAAAAAAAGCUUGCAGUGGCACCUUAUUUGUCCAUGGCAUUAAGGAGAAAACACUUUAUUAUAGAGGCUUCAAUCAGCUAAACUCUCCCGUAUGUCAAAAACUGACUACUCCCGUAUUCUUAAUUUGUCUAACAUCCUUUGUUUUUAUUAUUGUAUUUUAUUUAUUGAGGAUACACAACCUGUAAAUGAACUGUUGAGCAUAAAAAAUACCUGCAUUUACAAUAUUUGUAAUAAACAGGGUUACAUGUAGAUCUGA